UCACAUUGCGACGGCUUUUGCAGGCCAAUGCUUAUAAUAUCGGGUGAAAAUAAUGAAAACAAGCUUGUGGAAUAUUAUUAGCUUUCCACGUUUUACAGUAAUACUAUUUUGGAAAGUAUUUGCUAAGCCGUUUAAGAGUUAUCGCCUUUUAUCGCUGAAUGUGUCUGGAAUGUCAAAAACAAAACUAUCUUAACCUCGCUCUCAGGAUUGUGUUAAUUUCUAAGAAGUCCUUUGUACGCAUCUUUCUUGUUUAUUGUUCUAUUUAUAACGUUUUAAAAUAUAUAUUUUAAGAGAAAAUUUUAAAGAUUUUGAUUUUUUUUGGGUUCUGAGUGUGAUCCGGUUAAGUGACGUCAUCACGCUCGCACCGGAGCAGGAAGUGCCGGUGUUGUCGAUGGGACUCUAAACAACGUAAAAACAACCUGCGCACUCUCGCGCUGUAACGGGUAAACAUGUAACAUCUCAUUACUCAACAGAACUAGCAAAGCACCGAAUCAGACCCCGAGUUCAAACCCAUGACGGUCUAACGCAGGCGUUGAGACUCAUUUCACGGAGGAAAGAUGAUGGAGACGCGGGGCUGCGGCAUGCGGAGCGCCGUCGGGUUCCUCACCCGAAGGACGCUCGGUGGACAGCCGCACCUGAAGGAGGAGUUCCAGCGGCGCAGGCUGGCCGGCUGCUCCAGCCUCUACAAGAAGGACAUGCUCGGCCACUUCGGCUGCGUCAACGCCAUCGAGUUCUCCAACAAUGGAGGCCAGUGGCUGGUGUCCGGUGGUGAUGACCGCCGAGUGUUGCUGUGGCACAUGGAGAAAGCAAUACACUCAAGGGCCAAACCAAUCAAGUUGAAGGGGGAGCACCUGUCCAACAUCUUCUGUCUGGCUUUCGACAGCACCAACAAGCAUGUUUUCUCUGGAGGAAACGAUGAGCAGGUGAUUCUGCAUGAUGUGGAACGUGGUGAGACGCUUAAUGUCUUCCUGCAUGAUGAUGCUGUCUAUGGUCUGUCCGUCAGCCCUGUAAAUGAUAACGUCUUCGCCAGCUCCUCUGAUGACGGCCGAGUUCUCAUAUGGGACACACGAGAGCCACCACAUGGAGAACCAUUCUGUUUGGCCAACUACCCCUCGGCCUUCCACAGCGUGAUGUUUAACCCCACAGAACCCCGUCUGCUGGCCACCGCUAACUCUAAAGAGGGAGUGGGGCUAUGGGACAUCCGCAAACCCCGCAGUUCUCUGUUGCGGUACGGAGGGAGUUUGUCUCUGCAGAGCGCCAUGAGUGUUCGUUUUAAUAGUAUGGGGACUCAACUGCUGGCUUUACGCAGACGUCUGCCUCCCGUCCUGUACGAGCUGCACUCCCGUCUGCCCAGCUUCCAGUUUGAUAACCAGGGCUACUUCAACUCCUGCACCAUGAAGAGCUGCUGCUUCGCUGGAGACCGAGAUCAGUACAUCCUGUCUGGCUCAGAUGAUUUUAACCUUUACAUGUGGAGAAUCCCCAAUGAUCCUGAUGCAGGAGGCCCGGGUCGAGUGGUGAACGGGGCCUUUAUGGUUCUGAAAGGUCAUCGAUCCAUCGUGAAUCAAGUCCGCUUUAACCCUCACACGUACAUGAUCUGCUCCUCCGGGGUGGAGAAGGUCAUUAAGGUCUGGAGUCCCUAUCAGCAGCCAGAUAGUGUUGGAGAUCUUGAAGGUCUAGUGGAGGACAAGUCUCGCUCUCUCUACACUCAUGAGGAAUACAUCAGCCUGGUCCUCAACAGCGGAAGUGGCCUGUCACAUGAUUACGUCAGCCAAUCGGUGCAGGAGGACCCACGGAUGAUGGCUUUCUUUGACUCGCUGGUUCGUCGUGAGAUCGAGGGAUGGAGCUCGGAUUCAGACAGCGAUUUGAGCGAGGGCGCCAUUCUGCAGCUGCACGCAAGAGCGCGACGCGCUACGCAAUCCACAGCACGGUCUCCUGCCAGUGCAUCCGCUGCUCAUCACAGCGACUCAGACCACUCCGCUUCAUCCUCACUGGCCGGGCCAGACGCAUUGGGGAGUGUGCGGACUGAUCAGGAUAGGGGCGGGUCGCAGAGGAGGCGGACGGAGCCACGUGCAUCUGCAUUUCUGCUGGACCUUGUGAAUGAGGACACCGAUUCCAGUGGGUUCUGGCUAGACCCAAUGCCCCGUCCCAGAUCUCCUAGUCCACGUGAUAACUCGAGCCUCUCGAGCCAUGCCUCCUCAGGGAGUGUGGUCUCUAGUUCUAGCUCCUCCCCAAGCUCUUCUUCUAGCUCCUCCUCCAGCAGUGACGGCAUUGAUGAGGAGCUGCGUAGAAGCAGGAUGCGACAGCGCAAUGCUGCCAGAUGGAGGCGCCAUAUGGGUCACUCUGACAGAGACUCCACCCACAAUCUUCAUUCCGCAACAGAUUCCUGCACUUACCCGAACAUAUCCGUUAAUGAUCAGUCAUCACCGUCUUCGACCUCGGGUGAGGAAGGUCGCACUUUUAGGAAUCGUGGGAAAGAAAAGAGGAGCGAACACAUCUCAAGUCCCACAACCUUAUCCGACAGACAUGCUCAAUCACAGUCCAGAUUUAGAAGGUGCAUCAUUUCCUCCCAGCCAGGUGGUGAUGCCCCUGUUGAGAGAGAAAGAUUGCGAGUUGGCUGGUGUGAGGAGUUCACGGGGGAACUAGAAAGGGGGAGAACAAGCGGGGAAGACUUAAGUGCGACACACAGUGCUGGGGAGGAAGUAAUUGCAACACUCAAUAGUCACACCACAGCAGGCUCUGGGGUUAACGGACGUCCACAUACAGAUGUGGAGAGUGAGAGCCGUGCAGUCUCAAUUCACCCAGAAUGCUCUAUGACAGACACUGAUUUCGGUAAGAACUCUAGGACCCAGGGGGAGCCCUCUGGAAGGGAGUCAGCCAGUGUUGCUGGGAAACGAACUUGUUCAGACUCUGGAGACGAGGAGGAUUCUCCUUUGGAGAAGAAGGCGAAAAUAUUGUGAUGUCACAGCACAAACUGACUGGCUCGGAGUGAAACUUAUUUUGACUAGUGAAUCUUUGUAUUCUUUCAACAUCUUUUGGUUUCUAAGUUCUAAACCAACAUCCCUCAUUCUCUUUCUCCAGUGUCAUGCAUUUUGGGGUCACACCACAGUCAUAACACUAAAAAAUUAUUAUUGAUAUUAAUAUGGGAUGGGAAAAAUAAUAACUGCAGUGUUUUUUGUUUUAUAAUAUUGUAGUUUCAUAGAACCUGUAACCUUUAUGUUGGGGGUUCUAGUUUGUUUUGGGGUGGUGAAAAGAAGGGUUUUAAGAGUAUUUCUACAAGAAUGCCUUUUGUUGGGGGGGGGGCAGUUUCCAUGGUAACCUCAUUGAGCAGAAGCUGUUUGAGUUGUGCAUUAAAGUUCUGUUCCAGUGUUUCCAUAGAAACUACCAUGUCUUUUCUUCAUCACCAUACACCAUUAUAAUCAUCAACAGACAGGAAGUGGCUUACUGGGAUUUUUGGAUGAGUGUUCUAGAAUUUUACAGUAAGAUAUUCCGAUGUGAGAAAAUCACCAUGGUGAUGCAUCAGUAUAAGCUCUCCAUCAGUCCAAUGGAGAGGCUUUAGCUGUUGAUGAACACUUAAUAAAAGCGUGAAUGAUAUCAGUGUGUAGAUCAGAUCUUAAUCUUUUACUGUUCUCAUCUGGUAUUUCAAUCGUCUGAUUGAUAACACCUGGUAAAUUGAACUACACAGUGUUUUCAGACAUCUGAAGUGAGAUUCCAAACCUUAGGGAGUGUAGAUGGUCAGUUCAAAGGACAUUGCAAACAGAAUUGGGAAGUGUACAUUGAUUUUUCACUUCAUAGGAUGUGGACAGGGAAAUUUACACAUCAGUCGUCAGCCAAAGUUUGGCCCUCUGGUUUGAUUAAACUAAAUGCUGUGAAAAGGA